AGAAACAAAAAAACAUGGAGAGUUGAAGUUAGGAGCGAGGAGCGGUUCCAGUGAUUCAUUGGCAGCUUUUCCUGAAUGGCACAAGCGUUAAUCAGCUUGCAAAAUAGCCCAUUCGCGAUAUACAAUAAGAUGCGGAGAGACUGGAACUUCUAAUGCCUGAGGCCCGCCUGGCAAAGAUGCCGUUUCGCAAAGGAGCCAAGAAGUUCCCGGUCAAGCUGACCACCUUGACGGACGAGCUCGACUUUGAGCAGGACUGGAAGGCAACCGGACGCAGCCUUCUGGAGUUGGUUUGCCAAUUGAUCGGCCUGCGCGAGACCUGGUACUUUGGCCUCCAGUUCGAGCAUCCCAAUGGCUUCAACUCGUGGCUGCAAAUGGACAAGAAGGUGCGUGACCAGGUCGGCUCUGAUAAUACGUCACCGGUCAGGGUCAUGCUGCUUGCCAAACUUUACCCAGAGAAUGUAGCCGAGGAACUGCUGCAGGAGAUCACACAGCACCUUUUUUUUCUUCAAGUGAAACAGGCCAUUCUCAGCAUGGACAUCUAUUGCCCACCAGAAACCUCGGUUUUGUUAGCCUCGUAUGCUGUCCAGGCUCAAUAUGGUGACUAUGAUGAAAACACGUACCAGCCUCGCAUGCUGACCAGUGCCGAGUUAUUACCACAACGAGUGAUCAGUCAGUAUCAGAUGACCCCUGAAAUGUGGGAGGAACGAAUAAAAAUUUGGUAUGCUGACCAUCGUGGCAUGGCGCGCGACGAAGCCGAAAUGGAGUACCUGAAAAUUGCGCAGGAUCUCGAUAUGUAUGGAGUCAGCUACUUUAGCAUCUCCAAUAAGAAAAACACAGACCUCUGGCUCGGUGUGACCGCCCUUGGGCUCAACAUCUACGAGAAAGACAACAAGUUGAUCCCCAAGACGUCGUUUGCAUGGUCUGAGAUCAGAAACGUCAGUUACGAUGACAAAAAGUUCUCUAUCAAACCAGUGGACAAGAGUGCGGCAAAUUUUGUGUUCCUUUCGAAAAAAGUCAGAAUGAACAAGUUGAUCUUGGACUUGUGCAUCGGCAACCAUGACAUGUUUAUGAGAAGACGCAAACCAGACACUGUAGACGUCCAGCAAAUGAAGACGCAGGCCAAGGAGGAGAAGCUUCGUAGACAAAUUGAAAGAAAUAAAUUGUCGAAAGAAAAGCAGCUACGAGAGGCAGCAGAGCGUGAUAGGAGUGCUCUUGAAGAACGCCUUCUACAGUAUCAAGAGGAGAUUCGUUUAGCAAAUGAAGCACUUCGACGGUCAGAAGAGACAGCCGAGUUGCUGGCUGAGAAGUCAAGAGUUGCAGAAGAAGAGGCAAUGCUUUUGCAGCAGAAAGCGUCUGAGGCCGAACAAGAAGUAAAUCGGAUGCGUCUGAAUGCCAUGAAGACUGAAGAGGAGAAGAACCUUCUGGAAAGGAAAACGAGAGAUGCUGAAAUUCUAACUGCUCGGUUGGUAGAGGAAAGUGAACGCAGGGCCAUGGAGGCUGACAAGCUCAAGGAUGAGUUGACGAGGGCUCGCAAGGCAGAGAAACAGGCCAAAGAGCGCCUGCAGACGUUCCUCACCAGGAACACCCUGGUGCCAACAUUGUAUUCGGAGCCGUCGGCACAGACAACCAAAUUGGCGCAGGAUCUGAGUGCCUUGGCAAUGACGUCGCCUGUGUCUCCAAUCGGUAAUACAGGAGUGACGUCAAGUUCGUCUAGCUUCGAGUUGGUGUGUCCGGACUCUGACGUAGAGCAGCUGUCCCUGGAGAUUGAGAAGGAGCGGGUAGAGUACCUGGAGAAGAGCAAACACCUUCAAGAAGCACUCAGGUCGCUCAGAACGGAAAUCGAGGUGCUGAAGGUGGGAGAGAAAAAUUGCUCGUUGGAUGCGCUACAUGCUGAGCAAAUUCGGCUCGGUGAGGACAAAUACUCUACGUUGAGGAAGGUGAAGUCGGGAUCCACCAAAGCCAGGGUGGCCUUUUAUGAGGAUUUGUGAAUGCUGACAAGCCAAAGAUUGCCAUAUUAUAUUUUGUUUGUGAACAUUUUCAUGUUAUAUAAGAUCAUGUGCCUUUACAAUCUCAAAAGCAGCUUUCAACAGUAUUUUAUUUUUUAUUAUUACAUUACAUUUUUUUCUUUGUAAAAAGUGCAAUUUCUAGUAUGUAAUUAAUAAGUGACCUUCUGUGAAAUAUUCAAGCCGCCCUAAUUGUAUCAUGCAGCAUUUUUAACUGUGAAAUUGAAUUAUUUAUUAAUAAUUACACAAGCAUAA